AUAUAUAUACAAAAUUUGGUUAUAUUUAAAUAAGAAGGGUCCAAAGAUGUUUGCACAAAAAAAUGUUUUGUUAGAAAUCUGCUCACCACUUAAACAGACUGAAAACGGAUGAACACUUCCUGUAGUCUGCAAAGCAAUAAAAAAAAAAAACAUGUAAAUGCGUUAAUCAGUAAGAUCAACUUUAACAAGCAAGUAAUUGUGAUACAUUACAGAUUGAAAUUUCUGCCUAGAAGUGAGAAUGUGUGUUGCAAUCACACAGGAAGAAGUGAAAGAGGGAGCAACAGAGAGACUGAACUCACAAAAAACACACACCAGCCGCUCCCUUGCUCAUUUCAGGCUGCGGCAUUUCAUCCACACACACUCAAGACCUGGAGAGCAGCUCAGAGUCUCUGCAGUGAUGGAUAAUAAUGCAACAGGGCUAAACGUGACGGCCGUCAAAUCGGAGGCUAUCAGAGGAAUUGAGAUGGUGGUCACUUCCCUCGUAUUCCUGGUUGGGGUUCCUCUGAACGGGCUGGUGCUUUGGGCUCUAGGACUUCGCGGCAAUCGUCACCUGGUCCGCAGAGGCAGCAAUGAGGAGACGCGUGCUGCCAACAGUUUCCGUGUCUACGUGCUGAACCUGGCCCUGGCCGACAUGAUCUUGGUCCUCAGGACCCCUCUCAUGUUGGGCUACCUGAUCAACAACAACAGCUGGCCGUUUGGCCUCACCUUCUGCCGCUUCAUCAUGUUCCUGCGGGUCCUGGGACUGUAUGCCUCUGCUUUCCUGGUCUGUGCCGUGGCCCUAGAGCGGACACUGUGUCUCCUGAAGCCGGUUUGGGCCCGACUACGACGACCCACCUGGGCGGUUCCUGUCGCCUGCAGCCUUAUGUGGCUGGUUGCAGCAGCUUUGUCCGCCCCUUACCUUAAAUUUGGCUACCUGUUGAACCAUGGAGAGUCGUUCCAUUGUUUGGAAAGUAAAGAUUUCAUUAUGGGUCUGUUUGUUUUGGAGACGACUGUAGGAUUUCUCAUACCCCUGCUGGUGUUCUUAGGAAGCAAUCUUGCAGUUGUGCUCACUAUAAAGCGGGCGGUGCCCCUCACACCCACCUCAUCUGCCCCUUCAAUGGCACGCAAGAUGACCAGGAUGUACCACGUUCUCUUCGUAACCAUGUUUCUCUUCCUCACCUGCUGGGUGCCGUACUUUGUGUGUCGGUUCAUCGAGGCUAUAGUAAAGGAGGGCAAUCUGUUGUAUCGAUUAAAAUAUGCCAAAUACAUUUGCCUGUUCAUGGUUUAUGUCAAAAGUGCUCUCAAUCCUGUGCUGUAUGUGUUCGCUGCCCGGGGAUUGGGUCGCGCCAUCAAGGCUUCCCUCGUCUCCACCAUAGAGCGACUUUUCAAUGACGACUCCUUCGAAUCCAUACGAAGGAAGUCUAUUAAGAACUCCCAGAUGUAAGGCUGACAUUACUACUGAUCUGCUCAUCCUACAGGUUACGUAUUCAAAUUCAAGGUGUGGAGAUCCAUUGGAGCACUUUAAGAUAUUUGAAUGUAUUAUACAAGUAAGACAACAAAAUCAAUUUAAUUUCAUUUUUAAUUCCAAAAUAAUCUUUUUUUUUCUUUUUGUAGAGUGUUCAAAAAAGAAAGAAUUUUUACCAAAAAAGUAUUUUGUCACAGAUUCCUUCAUGUUUUGUGUUUUUUCAUAGUAUUUCAUUCCUCUGCCUUCUAAUUUCCUUUAUUGUUUUUUUUUUUAUAAUUUUGAUGUUAUAAUGUUAUAAUACUUUGAUUGUUUUUACUAAAUUUCUUUCCAAUUUAUUUUCUCUAUGAAAAAUGUACAGUGUGUGAAUUCUUUCACAAUAAAAAGUAGUGAAUUUUAAAUAUUGCACUGUUAUGAUUCUUUGGAGAUUCUUUUGGAGAGCAAAAAUGUUAUUAUAAAACUUUUUAAGGUUCAGUCUAUAAUUUUAUUGGGCUG